CAAAAUAUUGGAUUGAUUGGGUGCACUUGAAGAACGGUCACACUAAACCAAGCGAAAAUACAGUCGUUAAACAGGUUGCCGAGGCAGCUAGGAGAAUCCUGGCCAAACCAAAGUCCAGAAAGACUCCUUUGCCAGCUUUACAUGUUAAGAAUACUAUCCGGCGCUUGGAAGGUGGGCCGCUUGGUGACCUUCAGAUAGCUGCAUUCAUUGCCCUGGGGUUCUACGGGUCCCUACGGUGGGAUGACCUGAGUCAUAUUACUCCUGAAGACUUGAUAUUUAUGCACCAAUCUAUCUCUCAAUAUCACUGUCCAAGAGAAAGAACGAACAGUUCCGAGAAUGAUCGCAAGCUCUCGUUGCUCGGUCAGACGAUAGCCCAGGCCCAGAAGGGGUGGUUGAAAAAUUUCUGGCACAGGGGAGGCAUGAUCCACGCUUUGAAGACGAAUCCAGCACACGAAGAGUGGAUAAAAACUUUACAGGCAGCCGAUGUCAUACAGUAG